AUGCCUAAAUUCUCUACUCCCACGCAUUCAAGCAGGAGGGUAGUCAUUGUUGGUCUUGAAAAUAAGAAUAUUUGCAGAGCAAACCCAGUACAGGUGUUCAAAGAAAUUCAUAAUCUGGUAGGCAAUCUGAAUGGGAAAGAGAAAGUGAAAAAUAUGAUGAUUUUGAAAUGUGAGAAUGACAUACAAGUCAUGAAAUUGUUGGAACUAACCAAGCUUGCUGGUGUAGACGUUAAAGCAACGCGUUAUGAAGAUAAUCAUGAUUUUACAACGAAAGGUGUUAUUCAUAGAAUAGAUACACAGAUAAGUAAUGAGGAAAUUGCAGAAGUAUUGAAAGAUCAGAAGGUAAUUCAUGCUAAGCGUUUUAUGAAGAAGAUCGAUGGUGAAAUAGUACCAACCCCAUCAGUUCUCAUCACCUUCAAAGGCAAGGAUAAACCCGAGACAGUAAACUUUCUGUAUGAGCUUAAACGUGUGGACAACUUUAGUCCACCGGUGCCAAGGUGUCACAAAUGUCAACUUUUUGGGCACAUGAAGGAAAACUGCAAGGGUAAAUUGCGCUGUGUGAGAUGUGGAGGGGAACAUGAUUUUGAAGAGUGCCCACAAAAGGAAAAUCGGAAAUGCUUUAGAUGUGGAGAUAAACAAUCGGCGGCGUAUCAAGGUUGCAAAAUUUACAUAGAGGCAAAACAAAUACAAAAGGUUAAAUUGAAGGAAAACAUUACAUACGCACAAGCGACUAGGGUGUAUCGCACUAAAAAAAAUGAAAUAGUGGAAGAGGAAAGUAAAACCAUUAGAACUAGCGACACUAAAGAAAACACUCAAAGGAAACUAAAUAAUGUUGGUCCCAUUUCAAAUUCAAUGGCAUCUGACCACGAAUCAAUCCAACAAUCAAAGAUUCCGCGCCCAAUCCGAGUACAAAGGAACAAUAAGGAAGGCGGGAAAGAGAUAAGGAGUCAGGGCAAGGAACUGAGUCGAAUAACCAAAAGAAAGAUACUGUCAACACAUUAA